AUGUCCACCCUUCUCCACAUACUGCUCUUCCUCUGUGUGGGCGCCGCCACCGCCACCGCCACCGCCACCGCCACGGCUUCUGCCAGAUCCAGUAGCCUGGCAGCACAGUUCCUGGUGCCACACAACGCAGCACGAGCCGCUGUCGGCGAGCGGCAACUCGUCUGGGACGAGCGCAUUGCGCGUUACGCGCGCUGGUAUGCAGCUCAGCGCAGGGACGACUGUGCCCUGGAGCACUCCGACGGGCCGUACGGCGAGAACAUAUUCUGGGGCAGCGGCACGGGAUGGACGCCCUCAGACGCAGUGCAGGCAUGGGUGGGCGAGGCCCGGUGGUACAAUCCGAGGUCGAACGCGUGCGCAUACGGUCAGGAGUGCGGGCACUACACCCAGAUGGUGUGGAGAAAGUCUCUGAGGCUGGGGUGUGCGGUUGUGGUGUGCGAUGGGGGGAGAGGGAUGUUUAUGACCUGUAAUUAUGAUCCUCCUGGGAAUUAUUUUGGUGAGAAGCCUUAUUGA